AUGUCGAGAAACGAUCCCCAGCUCGCUCUCCAUGAGCUGCCCAAGUUCAACCCUGACCUCAGUGACCGACCCAAGGAUACGCCUGAACUUGACACCAAGCACAGCAGCGGCGGUAUCGAGCAGGAACAGGACUGUGACAGCAAAUCCCUGGCAUCCGCUCGCGGUCCCAGCUAUGGCGCCACCGGCCACGACGGGCUGGCAACAGGCUUGAAGCAUGCUGUCAUUGACGGCAGGACCGUUCAGCGUCCCAAGGUCGUCUUCAACCAGGGGAUGGGCACGUUCUUUAGCACUCUCUUGAUCCGACUACGCUCGAUUUUCACUUUGCGAUUCAUCGCUGUACUCGUUGGCGGUCAAGUCCUUUCGCUCUGUAUCACCUCUACUUCGACCGCCACCACCGAGCUCGCCCUCAAUGGCUGGGUCAAUCUGCCUCUGACGCAGAAUCUCUUCAACUACGUCUUGAUCAACCUGAUCUACACGAGCUAUACGAUCUACAAGUACGGCAUUGUGGCAUGGCUCAAGAUGAUCAAGACAGAUGGAUGGAAGUACUGUCUGCUUGCUGUCUUUGACGUCGAGGGCAACUACAGUGUCGUCAAAGCGUACCAGUACACCGAUUUGCUAUCUGCUUCCUUGCUCGAUGCUUGGGCCACGCCAGUCGCAAUGGUCGCGUGCUACUUCCUCGUCAAGGCUCGCUAUCAUUGGUCACAGAUCCUCGGCGUGCUCGUCUGUAUCGCUGGCCUCGGACUGCUCGUCGCGAGUGACACUAUCACCGGGAAGAACUAUCAGGCGACCAACAAAGGUCUGGGCGAUGGCCUCAUGAUCAUCGGCGCAUCAUGCUACGGUAUAUCGAACGCACUCGAAGAAAAGUUCAUCCGCGGGCGUCCGCUUUACGAAGUCGUCGGACAACUCGGCUUCUGGGCUACAUUGAUCUGCGGUAUCCAAGCGGCAGGCGUGGAGCAUAGCGCCAUGCCCGAAGCAGUCUGGAACGGGACCACUGUCGGCUACUUGCUCCUUUACACCUUUUCGCUGACGAUCCUGUACACAUGCGCGCCCCUGCUCUUUAGAUAUGCCUCCGCGCCUUUCUACAAUAUCUCCUUGUUGACCAGCGAUUUUUAUCUGCUCUGCAUCGGCAUCACCGUCUUUCAUUACUACAUCUAUUGGCUGUAUAUUCCUGCCUUUAUCCUCGUCAUCGUCGGACUCGUCAUCUAUUUCUCCGUCUCGCCACCGGAAUCGCAAGGCGAGAAUGACAUACAGACUAGAGGCAAACAAGCUGUCAAGGACGAAAAGCGUGACUCUGCCGAGCUAGCAUGA